AUCGCCACACGACAAAAUUGCUCCUUCAAUAAUUUUAUUGAAUUACAGAAUAUUUCGGAAAUAAAUGGUAAAAUUAUACAUAAUUUCGCUGCUGUUGGUGGCAAUUUCUGACUGGAAAGCAUCAUUGAGUGUGUUUUUUUCUGGAAAUUGCGGUGAUUUAUUAAAUUUUUUUUCAUUGUUGAAGGUUAACGGAAUGUGAAUUAAGUUCACAGUGCUGGUUUUAACAGUAAAGACGGACUCGAAAUGAAACCCAAUCCACAGUGGACGUGGAUUUAAAGGCUGGUGCAUUAAAUUUCAGUACGGAUAACCUAUAUUUUAUCCCGAAUGGACUGAAAUUCGUCGGAGUAUUUGUGGAAUAUAACAAAACAGCUAUAAUAUUAAAGUCUCGGAAAUAUAUAAUCGGCAAAGCAAGACGCGAGUGUCAUUUCCGCGCUGAAGAGCAAGAGCAGACAAGAUCGACCAAACAUGCAAGAUUACCGAAUGAUUCAAGUCGGCUUCGUGAUAGCCAGUAUUGCGGGAGUGUUUGGCGUGGAGCCUAGUUUCGACGUACCUGUUAUAAACGUGACGGUACAGGAGGGAGACAUGGCCGUGCUACCGUGCUCCGUGGACUUUCUCGGAGAACAUAAGGUGGUCUGGACGGACCAAUGGUCGACGCUGCUGACCUUGGAUGACCGGCGGAUAAUAGACGAUCCCCGUAUCAGCAUCGAGCGGCCGUACACGCGCGACUGGAAUCUGCACAUCCGGAAGGCACUGUACGGCGACAGGGGCCAGUACACGUGUCAGAUUAACACGAACCCCGUGAAGACCAAGACUGUCAUGCUGUUUGUUCUGGUGCCAUCUAAAAUAGUUGAUCACCUUUCCACCCGAGAUGCGACGGCGAAGGAAGGGGAAACCGUAACUCUCGUCUGCAACGUCACCGGUGUACCCACACCAGAAGUAACGUGGUACAAACUUCCCAACGAGGGACUGCAGACAAGAGAACGCCUAGAUUUGGAACCCGGUAUAUUUUCCGACAUUGGAGCCUGUGCUUACACACUACAGCAAACAGGUAUCGGAACUGCGGGCGAGGUUCUGAUCAUCCAUAACGUGUCGCGCUACUGUGACGGCUCUUACGAGUGCGUCGCCUACAACAAUGUGGACCCUGCCGUCACUCGAAAGAUCAAGGUGUUCGUGGAAUUCGCACCGGAAGUUACGUUGCCGACGAAACGAAUCGGCCAAUUAUCGGGCCGCGAGACUAUACUAGACUGCGAGAUCACGGCAUACCCGCACGGCCUCGCUUACUGGAUGAAGGAUAACGACGAGAUUGACCUCACACGGAAGGAGAAAAAAUACGAGGUGGAGAUGUAUAGUGGUACAGAGGACAGCACAAAGAAAACACUCAGUCUGCGAGUAAAAAAUAUUGAACACGGUGACUAUGGCGAAUACACUUGCUAUGCGCAAAAUAGAAUUGGAAGAGACCAAGACUCCAUGAUUCUAUAUGAUUAUUCGAUAAAUACGAAGCCGAAAACCACUACGCAACAGCCUCGAUUGAUUUAUCCUACUCCCCAAAUAACGAACAAUAUCCCACUUAAGCCCGGCCAACAACAAAUCUUUAGCGUGAAUGGACCCGGAACCAGCUCCGGCAAUACGGGCUUUAACGGCGGCGAUCGGAAAGGGAGCCAGCAUCCCAGACCUGUGGAUAAAGGCCCUAACAAUCACUAUCAACCUAGCGAGGAAACGUUACCGUUGGGAUCAAGAACAGGAUCCACUAGUGUGACGUCACGCGUUCAUGUCAUCGGCCUUAUAACGUCAUUGUUUCUAACCCUUCUUCGAUAGUUGAGACGAAGUCGCCACAUUCUUACUUCUAAAAAUCAUUGAAAUUGAUGUACUUUUUAAAUCAAAUUUAUUUGAAGUUAUUCGACCGUUCUAAACUUUAGACGUUAUUUACCUUUUGCUCAACGUGUCCGCUAAUUCAAGCGUAACUGACAUGUAAACUGCAUAAAACCAAAAACAUAUGUGACGCGUUUUGAGAAAACUGGGCUUAAUGCAUGUGCGUAAAGUGUCGUCCCAGAUUAGCCUGUGCAAUCAGCACAGGCU